CAGCUGAUGUGUCACAUUGAGCUGCGUUCGAAAAUUCUAUUCGUCGAGUGCAGUAGGUUUAUCAACCAAUCGGGACAAAGAAAUCUGCUCUUUUUGAUUUGUCAACCAAAGGUUUGUUUUUUUUCCCCGAACUGGAUGCACUAGUUCGCAGUCUAUCUUUUUCUUUCUAAUAUGAAUAAAAAAAGAUAGAUUGUGAACUAGUGCAGCCAGUUCAGAGAAAAAAAAACAAAUCUCAAAUAUCACUCUACUCCAGAAACGGUCAAAGGUUUGGUUAGAAUGGUUCAAGAUAAAAUAGUUGGCCUUGAUAUCUUGUUGGAGUUUUUGGAAGUGGCAUUUAAUCACGUACUAUUUUGUCGUAACAUCUAUCCUAAAGAAAUUUUUGUUAAGAAAAAGAUAUACGGAAGUAACGUAUACAUAGCAGAACAUCCAGAAGUGAAUAAGUACCUGUCGAACGUUUUAAAUUCAAUUAGAGAUCUCCUGAAGGAAGACGAGAAUAGCAUUAACGCCAUCAAUCUUGCUUUCUACAACGAAAACAAAUUACCGACAGAAGUAUUCGUCUUUGAUAUGGUCAAAUUGCAGACUGAACUCAAAGAGAGCGAUCCAUACUACUUGAAAACGGAAGAAGCAUUGAAGACGAUUUGUUUGAAGUUGUCAAUGUGCGAUACAUAUUUAAAGCCACUUCCAGAGAAUUCAACUUUUACCGUUGAAAUUUUGACGUACGAAACAGCGCACAUCAGCCUGAGUGAGAAUUCAAAAUACGAGGACUUUCCAUGGAUCAUCAAAGACGACGGGAAAGAAAUAACAAAUAAAAACAUACUACCGCUGAAAGAUAUCAAAACCGAUUGUUUGUACUUGCACAUGUAUGUGAUCGAGGAUAUGGAGAACAAGACGUAGAAAUAAUAA